AAAAUCUUUCGUAAACACGCACGAGGCGCAGCAAGCAGCAUAUCAGUGUUCAGUAGCGGCGAGGCGACGACGCGACGACCAUCAGGACAAAAGUUUGGGUGCAGUUUUCCGGACGAAAAACGCAUCAAAAAUGAGUGCAACAAGAUUUUUCUACCUGCAGAAGCUGGCCCGGUCAGCUUUGGUUAAUCGGAGAGCGAUUUCCGCUGCACUGAAUCUGCCCGGCCGCGUGCUGUUGCCGGCUGAAAGUUGUUUCCAAGCUCCGGUUUUGGGAGGGUCUCGUCGGUGCUUUUCAACGGAGGCAGCCCAGGAUAACGCCGGGUACCACUCGAUAAUCCGUGAUUCGGAGAAGGCCGUCGGGACCAGCGAUAAGCAUGAGUUCCAGGCGGAGACCCGGAUGCUACUGGACAUCGUUGCCCGGUCGCUGUACUCCGACAAGGAGGUGUUCAUCCGGGAGUUGAUCUCGAACGCGAGUGAUGCCCUGGAGAAGUUCCGGUACACUAUCCACACAGCUGGCGAGGGCGAGAAGGAUUUUGCGGAAGCGGACCGAGCGCUGGAAAUCCACAUCGGAACCAAUAAGCAGGAUCGGGUGUUGACGGUGCAGGACACGGGAAUCGGCAUGACCAAAGAGGAAUUGAUCGCGAACCUGGGUACGAUUGCCAGAUCCGGAUCGAAACAUUUUAUGGAACAGAUCAGGGAGAAGGGAGUCAGCGCGGAUAAUGCCCAGAAUAUCAUCGGUCAGUUCGGAGUUGGGUUCUAUUCGGCUUUCAUGGUGGCUGAUCGAGUUGAUGUCUACACGAGGUCCUCGAAGGUCGGAUCACCUGGGUACAAGUGGAGCUCGGAUGGUUCCGGGAACUUUGAGAUUCAGGAAGCGGAGAACGUCCAAAUCGGAACCAAAAUUGCGAUUCAUCUCAAGGCGGACUGCCGUGAGUUUGCCGAUGAGGAUCGCAUCCGGGAGGUCAUCCGGAAGUACAGUAACUUCGUCGGAAGUCCGAUCUUUUUGAACGGCAAGCAGGCCAAUCAGAUUCAACCUAUCUGGCUGAUGGAACCCAAAGAUGUUACCCAGGACCAGCACAACGAGUUCUACCGGUUUGUGGGAAAUACGUUCGACACUCCACGGUACACGCUGCACUACAAAACGGACGUCCCUCUGAGUAUCCGUGCUCUGCUCUACUUCCCCGAGGGCAAACCAGGACUUUUCGAAAUGUCUCGUGACGCUGACGUAGGUGUGGCUUUGUACACCCGCAAGGUCUUGAUCCAGUCGAAAACGGAAAACCUGCUUCCGAAGUGGCUCAGAUUCGUCAAGGGCGUCGUCGACUCCGAAGACAUUCCCCUGAAUCUUAGCCGUGAGCUGUUGCAGAACAGUGCCCUCAUCCGGAAACUUCGCACCGUCCUGACAAACCGUGUCCUUCGAUUCCUCCAUGACCGAGCCGUCAAGGACCCUGAAAACUAUGACAAGUUCUACAAAGACUACGGUCUAUUCCUGAAGGAAGGAAUCGUCACCAGCCAGGAGACUCAGGAAAAGGAAGAAAUUGCCAAACUUCUGCGAUUCGAAACCAGCAAGGAGGAAGGCAAGAAGGUCAGUCUUCCGGAAUAUUGCAACAGCCAACUAGAAGGACAGAAAGAUAUCUACUAUCUGGCCGCUCCGAAUCGCACCCUGGCCGAAUCCUCGCCCUACUAUGAAUCCCUGAAGAAGAAGGGAUUCGAAGUGCUCUUCUGCUACGAAGCCUACGACGAGCUGGUUCUCAUGCAACUCGGACAAUUCCUCGGCAAGAACUUGGUCUCCGUCGAGAAAGAAAUGCGCCGCUCCGACAAAGCCGACGAUUCGUCCGAUCAACCGAUCGAAGGCUCCCUCCUGAAGACCCAAGUGGACGAGCUGCUCCCGUGGAUCAAGCAGAAGCUCACCGGAAUGGUGACCUCGGUGAAAACAACCAACAAACUGGAUGCUCACCCGUGCGUCGUAACGGUUGAAGAAAUGGCCGCCGCCAGGCAUUUCAUCAAAACCCAAAGCCAUAACAUGAGUGAGGAACAUCGGUAUGCCCUGCUGCAGCCUCAGCUAGAGAUCAAUCCUAAGCACCCCAUCAUCAAGAAGCUGCACAAGUUGACCACGUCGGAUCCGGAAUUGGCCGAACUGCUAGCCAAGCAGCUAUUCUCGAAUGCCAUGGUGGGAGCAGGUCUGGUGGAAGAUCCCCGAAUGCUUCUGACGAGUAUGAACGACCUGCUGGAGAAGGUACUGGAUAAGCACUAGACCAUGGGUGCGGAGGUAUGUGACUUAUUUGUUAAGUAAUUGUCUUUAUGUAUGUUGAUGCUGGGCGAAAGAAUGAUGGAAAGAGUAAGGAAUUUGA